CUGACACAAAGCUUCCUCGUGGCGUAAACUCUUGAUGGCUGAUAGUGCAAGCAAAGCAAAGGAAGCACCCCACCUUUAAUCUCCUUCUUCUAAAACUCACUGAAUUACUCUUUGUCUGUAAAAAAAAGGGAAAAAAACUUUUUCUUUUUCCUUCUCUCUCUUUUGGACCUCAACCCUACUAUAAGCUCCUUGUUUAGUGCAAUUGCUUAUAUUCACUACUCAAAUCCUUCUGCAAAUCUCUCUCUCCUCUCUUCUCCUUCGUCACCCAGUACUUAGUUUUUUUCUUUUACUCUAAAUUCUCUAUUCUUUCUCUUCUUCUUUGCACAUAACACUUGUGUGCUCCCUCAAGACUCAGCAUAUAAGGUGUUCAAGUUCAAGAUUAUUAUAUAUCAAAGAGAAGUUCAUGUGGGUGAUUUCUCGAUCUUAUCUUUGUUGUCUUUAAGCCCCCAUUUCUAUUACUUGAGAGAAAAAAGAAAUAAAAGAAGGGAUUUGUUGUUAGUCUUCCUCCUUCAUCUAUCAUUUUCUUUUAGGGAGUUGUUGAGUGUUGACUCUCUUUCUCACUCUCACUUUCAAGAAAGAAAAUAGAGAUGGAAAUAUGUGGAGAGAGAAAGCUAUUCUUUUGCUUAUAUUGGUCUGCUCCCAUUGCCGGCUUCUGUCUACAGUGUUACUGAAUUUGCUGCUCCUUUCUCUUUUUUUUUUUUUUUUUUUUUGUUCCUUCCAAGUUGACAUUUCAAGUAGAAAAUAUAUGAGAUGGACAUCGUAGGAAGUUGAUUACCCUUUUGUUUGCUUUCGAGCUUUUGAUCGAAAGGAUUGGCCCUUGUGUCACCCAUUACUAUUCCCUCUCUCUCUCUCUGCAAGUGGGUUUCCUUAAUUAUUUAAUUGUUUUGAACUCUCAAAUCUUUCUUUAAGGGCUUGGAAGAUAGCUAUACUCAAGAAUUAUCCAUAGGUUUGUAGUACUGUGUUUUUGCUGUUGCUGCUUCUGAAAGAGUGGACAAUUGACCCCUCAAAAGAGAAAAAAAAAUUAGGAAGUUAGGAUUAUAAGAAAGAAAGACACUUUUAAUUUUAAUAAUUUAGAUCUUCUAAUUCUCCUCUUGUCUUCUUCUCUCUUUUUGGUCUACAAACAAACAAGCAAGACAUAAAACAAAUAAUAGACUAAGAGAAGAGAGAAGGAAAUGGAACUUUCAAGUCAUGAGGCCGGGGAGAUCCCCAUUCCAAUAAGCAGUAGUUAUGGUGGGGGACAUGGACAUGGACAUGGGCAUGGGCAUGGGCAUAUGAUCCAUCAUGAUCAUCAUUCACCCCACAACCACAUCAUCUCUUCCUUAGCUCCCCAAAUGCCCUCAAAUAAUGGCCCCUCCUCCAUGCCUUCAGCGGUGGAGGACCACCACCAUGCUCCCUUCAAGAAAAUGGUGAGGUACAGAGAAUGCCUUAAGAACCAUGCAGCUGCUAUGGGAGGCAAUGCAACUGAUGGGUGUGGUGAGUUCAUGCCUAGUGGUGAAGAAGGCACCAUUGAAGCUCUCACAUGCUCAGCUUGCAAUUGCCAUAGAAACUUCCACAGGAAAGAAAUAGAAGGUGAAGCCUCUUCUUGCGAGUUCUACACUAGCAAUCCACAUUUCAGCAGAUUUGGGAGGAAACUCAUUUUAGGCCAUCACAAGAACAUUUUAGCCCCUGAAGCUUUAGGGUAUAAUUUUCCCUCGAGAGCAGCAGCAGCUGCUCCUCACCACCAGAUGAUGCAGCUGUCUUACAACAUGGGUUCACUUCCUUCUGAGUCUGAUGAGCAAGAAGAUGGUGGUGGGAUUAUAAUGGCGAGGCCUGCACAGCUUGUGAAGAAAAGAGUCAGGACAAAGUUUACACAGGAACAGAAGGAGAAAAUGCUCAACUUUGCAGAGAAAGUUGGGUGGAAGAUUCAAAAGCAAGAAGAAGCUGUAGUGCAACAGUUAUGUCAAGAAAUUGGAGUCAAGAGAAGAGUCCUCAAGGUAUGGAUGCACAACAACAAGCAUAAUCUAGCUAAGAAGAACAACCAUUCUUCUCCUCCCAUUACUUCUCCUACUGCUACUGCUACCACUGCUUAAUUAUGAUUAGCUAAAAGAAAUUUUCACCUAGUUUCUUUACAAUAUUUUUCAUAUUAUAUUCUUCUUUUGGUGUCUGUUUCUUUAUAUUUAAAAUAAUAUUUGGUGGUGCAUGUAAUGUUAAUUACUAUAGGAAAACUGGGAUUGUUAGACUUAAUCUCAUUAGUUAAUGGGUGAUUAAUUAUGUUUUUCUCUAUUC